UUUCCCCUUGCAUAAAUACAUGGCCUCUUAAAAAAUAAAGUCUCGGAAGAUAUUUUAUUUUCGCUCUCACUGUCUCUUUCUCUCUCCUGCCCUUAAAACCACCACCACCACCACCACCACCACAACCACCAUCAGCAAACACAAACAGACAACAAUAAGAAGCUAUGUGUGUUUUUGGUAAUAAAGGUACGGAGAUCAACAGCUCGGUUUAGUAAUUGGAGUGCUGGAUUUUAAAGCUUACUGCUGGUGUUAAAAGGAUUCUGGCUUUUGCUCUGGUGGUAAGUUGAGAGAUUAUGGAUCGAGAAGGAGGAUCCAACGGCGGAUCUUGCUAUUACUCUGUUCUUGGGAUUCGUCGCGAUGCCUCCUUCUCUGAUAUCCGUACUGCUUAUCGCAAACUCGCCAUGAAAUGGCACCCGGACAAGUGGGCUGGGAAUACCGCGGUGGCCGGAGAAGUGAAACGACGGUUUCAGCAAAUCCAGGAAGCGUAUUCCGUUUUAUCUGACCAGGCUAAAAGAUCGAUUUACGAUGCUGGGCUUUACGAUCCUCUGGAAGAGGAAGACGACGACUUUUGUGACUUUAUGCAAGAGAUGAUCUCCAUGAUGAACAAUGUCAAAGACGAGGGAGAUAGCUUUGAAGAUCUUCAAAGGAUGUUCGUAGAAAUGGUGGGUGGAGAUGGCGUGGGGGUUGGGAUUAAUGAAGAUCAAACGGAUAUAAAGAGGGCACGCGUUAAUCCAUCCAAAGAUGUAUGCUAUAUGCUCUUGUUGACUGGAAAUGAUGGAGUAGAGCUCUAGGUCUAAUUUGCCUAAUGCAUGACUUGAGGUUCAUAUGGGUCCUUCCCUUGGCUCAAAAUAAUGGACAGACAUCUCAGGAAAAGAUCGACAUUUGUUUCGCAUGCUAAAUUGUGUUUUAUAUAUAUGUAUUUAAAAUUUUUUGGAUGGGUUUGUGAAUCCGAAUCCAAAGCCAAUUCAAAACGCAUACCAUUCUCGAGGCGUCAGUGCUGUGGUUUCUUUCGUUAAGAACGUAAUGUUAUAUGUUUUUAAAAUUCA